AUGUCCAACAGUCCUUUCGUGCUCCCUCGUCCGGGAGCUUCUAUAACCUCCACAACCCCAAUCCCAGCCCCAUCCGAAUCCGCCUUCGUGGCCACCUUCGGCGCCGUCCUCCCCGCAGCGCAGUACCUCCAGACCCCCCACGGCCGCGCCGCAUACUACUCCCUUCCACCAUCAUCACCCACCCCGACAUCCUCCUCCUCUUCUACACCGAUCACCCGCGUGCUAUUCGUCCAUGGCGUACAAACCCCCGCCAUCGGCCUCCAGCCUCUCGCGCGCGCCUUAUCCUCUCGCUUUCCACACGCGCAUUGCGUACUGAUCGAUCUCUGGGGCCACGGGCUCUCCGAAACGCCCGUGCUCCCGCACGAGCCGGGACUCUUUCACGGACUGCUCCUCGCCCUCCUGACGCAUCUGGACUGGUCCAGUGCGCAUCUCAUCGGGUACUCGUUUGGCGGAUCCACCGUGACCAGCUUCGCGGCAAAGUAUCCCGUUUUGGUAUCUUCCUUGGUGUUGGUUGCGCCGGCGGGGUUGUUAAGCGCGUCACAGUUCAGCGAUGAGCAGAGGGGGUAUUUAGCUGGUGGGGACGCGGUGGUGGAGGCUAAAGCGCGGGCGUGGAUUCUGGAGUUCUUGGAGGGCGGGAGGCUGGUUGUUCCGGCGGAUUGGAAGGAGAGGGUGAGCCGGGGAGAGGUGGUCGCAGAGGCGGUGCGCGAGUGGCAGAUGAAGGAGCAUCGCGGGAAUGAGGCGAGUGUGGUGGGGGUGUUUAGGGAUGGAGGGGUGUUGGAUAGACAUGCGGAGUUUGAAGAGGUAGUGAGGAGGGGCGAGGUUAGAGGGUUGAGUGUCCUGGGGGAGUUGGAUGAUGUUUGUAGUGCUGGGGAUUUGGAGGCGGUUGGGAUGCGGAAUGUGGUCGUUGUGAAGGGCGUGGGACAUGCAGUGGUGAGGGAGAGGGUGGAGGAGGUUGCUGGGUUGAUUGAAGAGUUUUGGAAGACGUUGUAG